AGUGGACGGGCUGCACGCAGCAGCCCCAGUAAACAGACACAUUAAUAUUUCCAACGAAAGUUUAAAUAAUAUUUCACAUUUAGUUCCUGCGAAUGUUAUCGUUUUCUCGAUAAAGUAUCGCACUUGAAAUAAGAGUUGUUUCAAUAAAACAUCAACUCAAUUUUAAAACAUUUUUAUUUCGAAACUUACACUUGAUAUCUCGCGUGGUGAAGAUGUGUUUGACAUUGCUGGUGGUAUUAAUGUACUAUGUGAUGAGGACUGAUGAAGCGGACUCAUCAGAAAUAUUACCCCACAACUACGGCGGGCAAGAUGUAAAACAAGGUGAUUACACGUACGUGGUCGCCUUGAUAGAAGUAUUUAAUGAUGAAAACAAUAAAAAAGACGCGUUCGGCUUCUGCACAGGCUCCAUGUUAAGCAACAAGUGGGUGCUGACUGCAGCACAUUGCGUACACAAGAGGUCUCUUGAAGAACUGUACGUCUGGUAUGGAUACUACAGCUCAUCCCCUUUUGUAACUAACACGAUUACCAAAGUGUUGAAAACCAUUAUACAUCCGAUAUAUCAGUCGAGAGUAUUUUCUCUGGACUACGACAUAGCUCUACUACUCGUGAAGUCUAUUGCUCUGAGGACCUACGGGACCUUGUCGUUUGUCGAUUACAAGAAUCUGAAGGACAUGCCAGUUAAUGCUAUAAGUGGGAAGAGAUCAAAUCAUCACGGCGACCACACGAUGAGGAUGCUGCGGUUCAUCGGCUCGGUCACUGAUUGUGACACGGAGCUGACGAAAACUUUACAUCAUUCCUUGUGUGUGUUGCCUCGACUCGUGCAGAACGGAGUUCGCAUAUGUUUCGGCGACUCGGGAGGGCCUGUGAUACAUGAAGGGAAAAUUGUAGGAGUAUGUUCAUUCGCACUCGUAAAGAAUGUAACGAUUGGCGUUUUCACCCCAGUAAGUCCUUUCAUACAUUGGGUUAACGAUGUAAUGAAAAAGAAAUAUUAUUCGUCGAAGAAAAAGAAAAUUGAUACUACAAUAGUCCCUGUCUCGGCCCGUAGCAUACUCCGCAUUUUAGGAUUUGAAAAUAAGACAACAGCAGAAAACAAGACCGUGAAACCGCCGAGAUUUUAUUAAUCGUAAUAGUUGGUAUGUCUAUGUAAAAGAAAUAAGUACCAAAUUUUAGGAGACUGAAACAACAUUAUAUAUUUUAUAUAUU